UCCGCCCCGCCCCGCUGUCCCUUCCGCGCUCCGGCCCCGCUCGGCCCCGUGAGCGUUAUGGCUUCGGUGGCGAACCCCGGGCAGGGCGGCUCCGCGCCGCCCCUGGCUGUACAACGCGGUAUCGUUAAGAUGGUGCUCUCGGGCUGUGCCAUCAUCGUGCGGGGGCAGCCCCGUGGAGGACCCCCUCCCGAACGUCAGAUCAACCUCAGCAACAUCCGUGCAGGCAGCCUGGCACGCCGCGCCGCCGCCGGGCAGCCCGAUGCCAGGGAUACCCCGGAUGAGCCCUGGGGUUUCCCGGCCCGUGAAUUCCUGCGGAAGAAGCUGAUUGGGAAGGAGGUGUGCUUCACUGUGGAGUACAAGACCCCCCAGGGCAGGGAAUAUGGCAUGGUGUACCUGGGCAGAGACACGAGUGGUGAGAACAUCGCCGAGUCGCUGGUGGCGGAGGGGCUGGCAUCGCGCCGGGAGGGGAUCCGCGCCAACAAGUACGUAUGAACCCAGCUUGGUGAUGGGGGGGGGCUGUGGGUACCCC